GAAUUCUAAUGCUAUGGAACUGUAGUGUAGGCAGCGGAAUAAAAUGAACGUCUAGUGAACGGUGGUCCUAGGGAGUGGAGACACUAGGGAGCACAGACACGUGGACGUAGGGAGUCUAGAGACACGUGGGUGAUGGAUAGUGUAUAACUCUAUACAUGAAAAACGAUAUGGCGUUUGGCAACAUGGCGAAAGAAAAUGUCAACAUGGAGGAUGCAUUGGGACGAUAAAGUAGAUAGAGGGCCGUAACUAUGUUAGUCUACAUUAACGCCCUCUGCUGGGCUGGAGUAACUGGUGCCGCCAUCUUAGGAGUUAUUCUAAUACUAAAGUCUGUCACAUACUAUCGUUCGUCACAUCAAACACACGAUAUUCUCAUGCUUUCAUUAUUGUGCACAAUGCUACUUAAUGCUGUGAUAAUUUUGCCAAUUCAUUUGGUAAUGCUGCUGAAUAAUUUUCAAUGGCACAUAAUGUUGUGUCAGUUUUUCGUUUGGUGUACUAUCACAUUCCGAAUGGCCGGGUUAUUGUCAAUAACAGCACUUGGGUUCGAUAGAGUCCUCUCUCUAAGGCUUCCAAGUAGAUAUCGUUAUUAUGGAAACACAUGCUCCGGUGCCACGUUUAUAUUUUUGCUAUGGAUAAUCGCAAGUUUCAUAGGGAUUGCCCUCAUUUUGGGCUGGAGUGAUAUCAACUUCCACAGCACGUCCCAAUGCCAGUUCUUAUCACACGCCAUAAACAGAGCGUUUGCUAUAUUUGUACCAAUUGUAAUAUUGACUUCAUUCAUUGUGACAACCGUUACCUUAUCGGAUGCAUGCUCAGCAAAUGAGUACCUACGAAAGAACAUGUUGAUUAUGAAAUACCGUAAAAACAGAAGUUCUUCCAAGAUUCCUCCGUCCAUAAGGUUAGAGAACCAUGCAGAAUCCUGGAAGAAGCCAAUACUGCUGGGAUCUGACGAGUUCAAUACAUGCUACGUAAACUGCAAAGCCACCUUGGUGGUUGCUAUGCUAUCCUUCAUCUUGAAUCAUUUACCAUAUAUGGUGCUAUCGUUCAUGGGGAUUUUAUCAUACCAAGAUCACAGUCAUCUUGAGAUUGCAGCAAUGUGGUGUAUUCUAAUUGAAGUGCUGGUUGUUCCCCAUGUAUUAUGGAUUGUAAACCCCAGGAUCAGACACGCUCUUGCCCAGACUCUUAGGUGCCAUUGUUGUGGCCCACCUUCACCAGAUUCUAGUAACAUGGGUGUUACAUUCCAUGGUUACAGUCCAAGGCAUACAACAGACACCAACGAAUUGGUUGAAUCCACUGAAAUCAACACAAAACCAAAACCUGCCAAUGGCGCUACACCAACAGCGGAUAUUGAAUUGAGUGUACGACCUAAUGGUAGCGCUAAUGGGAUCCGGCAUCCUGAUGCUGAAAAACAAGCUGGUACAGAUUCCGAUCACGAGAGUGAGAAUGCUGUUGGUGGAUUGGGAAACACGGUUGUGACUGCCAGUGUCCACAAGCACCCAAAUGCAAACUCACCUGCCAAAAAGGAAAAUUCUGGAUUGAGUUCUAGACAACAAUGGAAAGAAAAUUUACAGAAAAACCAUGUCAAAACUGGAUUCAUAAAUGAAGCAUUUGAUGAUGACAUUGAAAAAAUAAAACAGAAUAAUCACAAGCAGGAUGGAGCUAGUCCUAAAAAGGGUCAUACAAAAAAUGAAAGUCUAACAUAUGUGUCUAGUGACUUUCACCACGAUGCAAUAACCCAGAAUCGGCGUUUAUCCGUCCCAACUCCAAAGGGUACACUAGAAAAGCAGAAAAAUACUGAUAAGGAGAAUGAGUGUGAGACUCCUCCCAGAAAAUAUUCCAUUGGCGAUGUCAACAUCGUUUUAGAUAUGCCACUUAAAGAAACUAUUGUAGAUAUAGCUUACGAGGAUUCUCUUGAAAAGGUAGCAUCACCCGAAGAUUGUCAGAUUAAUGUUACAAGUGAUGAUAUCAAUGAUGAGUCAUUGGGGGCAACAGGAGGGGCGUCUCUUCAUGUAAGACCACUAACCCCAAACAACCCAUUUAAUGAGGACGCAUGUGUCAAUGUUGACGUUGAUACUAAUACAAAACUCUUUAAUGAUCAAGAAGACGGAAAUAACAUGUCUGUUAUACGUGAUGAUGAAGCUUUUGAAAAUAAUCUCCUCAGAAAGCUACAGGCAGAAGACAUAAGUGACAAUGAUCCAAAGUGGAAUAUUUUGCGGAAAGAAUCUAAAACAAAAUCGGACUCUGUUGAAAAAGGCCAUCCACUUUGGAUAGAAUUGGAUUUACAUAGGGAUAUUAAACCCGAGGUACCUACAACUGAGGAAAACCAGGUGUUCUGGGUUGAUGUGAAACCCCGAAUGAAACCUACAAGACAAAGCUCUCUUCCAGGCAAAUAUGAUGUUGUAAAAGAGAAAAGGGAUAAACACCCAAAGAGGAGACACUCUGAUUUGUCUCGUAAUAAAAGGCCAAGCAUAAUUGAUGCAUUUGGGUCCAAUGACUAUAACCCUGAACUAUCAACCAUUCCAGGAUCAUCUAUGAAUCUUUAUGAGUCGUCAGGUUCGUUGAACCAUCUUGGCUCUAGUUGGACGCACAUGUACAGAAAACAACAGAAAAUACCAUACGAUGCGUUGAAUGAUAGCUACACCAGUAACAAUGCAUUUCUUCUUGCCAGUCACAGGGAAGUGAGUAACAACGAUUUAAUUACCGAUAAAUCAGAAAGACUUCCGUCCAGCUUGGAUCACCCCGAUUCCACCAACAAAAUAACUUCGAAGGAUUCUGACAGCACAACAUCGGUGAAUAACAUCGAUGCCUUUGAUGAAAGCUACAACUCAAAUGGUGAACUUGAGCAGAUUUGGAACAAUGCACCUUUAGACCGAACAGAUGAGACGCCUGCUGCUCGAGGUGUAAAUAAUGAUUGCAUUAGUCAAACAAAUGGUGAUCGGGAGAUAUGUGAUAAUACAAUAAAUGAAAUCAAUGAGAUUGAAAUGCCGGUAGAACACAUCACAAUAAAAAGUAGUACAGCAACUCGAAAUAUUGAUACCGAUACUGAGUCUGAAGGAACUCAAAAUUUUCACGAGAUGACAACAGUGCUGUGAUCAUAUUCUAUAAAAUAUAGAUCAAUAUAUGAAUAUAUAAUUUUGCGUUCACAUAUUUCUACUAUUGUCAUCCUUGACUUUCUGACUUCUCUUAAUCUUAUUUAUGACAAUUCAAAUUUAUUUUGGUGGAUGUAUAAUAUGCUGCAUGGAAGGCACAUUUUAUUAUAAUUGUCACAAUAAUUAGAGAGUUGAUGGGUAAACCUCAUAUAUUAGCUUAAACAUAUUCAUGUAACAUCAUUUUUAUUAAUUUACGAUCUACGAUUUUACAGAGUGCAUCU